ACAAAGAAAGUCGUCCACGCUGACACUAAGGCGCCAAGUCGACUUGCACCUUCUUCCUCGUCGGCAGUAUCGAUAUUGGUUGAACUUGACUCAAUGAAGCUUUUACAAAGGACACCAUUCUCAUGCGACUCUAGCGCUGGGCGCGUUGGGCGACAAAGCAUUGCUCGGUGUCCAAAUGCAAGCCGCGCCGUGCACGCGAGCUCGCUGCGUCAUCAGCCCGCUGCUUCUCCUUGUUCUUCCAUUAGCCAUCAUGUAGCUCGGGGCUCGGUCCGGGUCGCCGCAGCUGCGCCCGCCUCGAACCCGGCGCCGGUCGUUGUGGAGCUCCCGGACAGCCAGCAAGCGGCGGUGGACGCGGCCGUGCAGUGCCUGCUGCCAGCACUGCAACCGCUCCUGGUCGCUGUGAAGCCAACUAAGACGGCAAAGGGCUUCAGCAAUCGGGCGAAGGCGGGCUCGGACACCAACCGCUUCGGGAUUGAGAUCCCGGUUGCGGACGGCUCAGCCCAGGCCGCCAUCGACCUCACCACCACCAUCCUGAACACAACUGCUGCCCGCCUCAAGCAGCGGCCGGGUGGCGCGUCUGUGGCGGCGGCCGCUGGCCCCUCGAACUGGACGGUUGUGCACGCGCGCGAGGACGCACUGCGGCUGGCCACGUCCUCGGCCCGCGGCAAGGCGGGGCCGCAGCCGCAGGUGCUGGGGUUGCGGCAGGCGUGCCAGCAGCCACAGCUGGCGGGGCUGCUGGUGGUGGUGGAGCCGCAGCUUGAUGACGUGGCAUUGGUGGAGCAAUUGUUGGACGAGGUGUGGGCGGGCCCGGCGGCCUUGGUGAUCAACCCGGGGUGGGGGCAGCAGGGCGCGGCGCCCGUGCCUGCCGAGUACGCACGUGCUGUGGACUCCAUCAGCGUCGUGUACAGCUUCCUGCCCUGCGCCAUCCAGGGUCUUCUGGGCCCCAAGGAGGGCGCGGUGCUGCGGACGGUGGACGCGGGGGGCGGCGGCGCUGCGGGCAGGCCCGCGCCCUGGCGCAUCCUCCUCAAGCAGAAGGAGGAGUUCGUGCAGGUGGGCGCCAUGCCUCGGCGCCCCACCUCCUCCGACCUGGAGCUGGCCUACCUCAACGCCUCCGCUGCCUCCAGCCCCAUCACCAAGACCGCCAAGUUCCUGCGCGGGCUGAUCCCGGGCAAGAAGGACUAGGGCCGUACGUGCCGCUGAUUGACCUUGCCGCUUGUGAGCUUGAUGGAUGUUUUUUCGUGGUAUUUGUUGUGCGGGCUCAUUCACCAGUCCAAGAUGUGAUUGUCGUCAAUAGGUCGACUGGAUGGGGCAACUGGGUGUACGACUGUGCGUGCUGGCUGAGGCGGCGGCAGUGACAGUGGGGUUACUGAGCGGGGUUGCGCGGAAAUGCACAGGCGAACAACCGAGAGUGGUAGGAAGGCAAUUAAGAAGCGCUGAACCUGGCUGACUUCUUGGCACCUCUAGCCAGCGGCAACAGAAUCGAAAUAGUUCGUCCCCGCGUGCACCCAGCCAGUAGCGCGCGCGGGACAGCCGGAAGGAAUAAACAAGCCACGGGCAGAGGGCGCUUCGGGGUUUGCCCUGUGCCCGGGUUUGCGAGUAGCUGUAGCUAAUCACGCUGGCCCUGGCUGACCCAGAAGUAAGACAAGUAACCCGG